AUGGCGGCAUCCUCUCGGCGCGAUGUGAUUCUCAAUGUCUACGAGCUGACGGAUGAGCAGGGGACGGGCUCAUGGAUGCGACGAGUAGGGCUAGGGGCGUGGCAUACUGGCGUGGAGGUUGGCGGCGUAGAGUACACAUUCGCCCAAAACGGAGUCUUUUUCCACGUUCCCAAGACCCCUCUGGUUGCGAGUGGCCAGGUAGUAAGCUUGAAGGAGAGCAUAGUCAUGGGCGAGCAUGUCGGAAGCGCCAACGAGGUACAUGGCAUUAUUAACAAACUGCGAGAAGAGUUUGCGGCCGGUGCCUAUCAUGUGACGAGGAAAAAUUGCAACCACUACAGCGACGCGCUCUGUCAGAGACUGGUGGGGGCUUCCGUUCCCGCUUGGGUGAACCGCCCCGCGCGCAUUGGCUCUAUCUUUUCUUUCGGUGGCAACAAGGACAAAGCGAAAGAAAAGACUAGAACAGAAAAAGUUAGUGCACGCACAAAGGCAGAGAACGCCGCGGCGAAAAAGAAGAAGGAGCUCACACAGGAUCAGAAGAAUCGACUUGCGGCAAUAAGACGGACCUCGUCGAGCUCAUGAGCUCGUCAUGACACAGACGCUUGUGGAUACUUGCACCAUGUACAGAAGUAAAAGGGAGCGGGUGGGGUGAAAUAUUGUGAUUUUUCUACGGCUGUAGGUUGUCCUGGAAAAGCACGAAAGGUAACGUAAUACAAUGCUACUGUAAGAGAAAAUAAUAUCAGGUCGUUGGU